AUGGAUCAUCAGAUUCUGGAAAUCAACCUGAUUUCUGCGCAGGGUCUCAAGCCGCCUCCCUCUAACUUACGCAAGAUGCAAACCUACGCCGUCACCUGGGUCAACCCGGCCUCCAAGCUCCGCACCCGCGUCGACUCGCUCGGCGGCGAAAACCCUACCUGGAACGACAAGUUCCUCUUCCGCGUCUCCGACCAUUUCCUCUCCGGCGACACCUCCGCCGUCUCCGUCCACAUCUUCGCCGUCGGCUACAUCACCGACGUCCUCAUCGGCACCAUCCGCCGCCCCUCCGGCCGAUUCCUCGGCGCGCUCAACAUCGCCGCCGCGGUCUACUACUCCGCCGAUUAUCCGAUCCUCGACAAGCUCUCCGCCGUCAGCUUCCGCGCGUUGACGGAGAAGAAGGCGCGCCUCAGCCGCGGCGGCGAUUCGAGGCGGAGCAAUCAGUCCUCCUGCGGAGACUCGUGCGAUCUCUCCGAUGCCGACUCCACGGUGUCGUCCUCGUCGGCGUCGUCGCCGGCGGCGGCAUCCACGGCGCUGAGGGAAUGGAACUCAGUCCGGGAAAUGGCGGGAAAAUUGAAAGGGGCGAAAUCGAACGGUGGAGGAUUGCUGUGCGGGCUGAUGCUGGCGAGGAAGAUCCCAUCCUGUCCAUCGAAUCUUGACACGUGGCGGGGUAAAGAUGAAGGGAGCCGGUGA